UCUGAAGGUACACGUGCUUUUACUACAGUGAAUCAGCUGGAACUGUCGCGCGAAAUAUCCAGACGGUUCUAAUAAUCUGCUAAUAGUACACAUAAUGAAAAUAGUUUGAUAAGGUAGAAUGAAAAAAAACUGAGCUGGUGAGAAAUACAGACAGCAGGGAAGAGAAAGGAAGAAAUAAGGAGUGAUAACCACAUUUAUCUGAUAUAUUAAAGUGGCAGAUAAACUUCGCUCCGAAAUAUAAACACACACACAACAACCUGCUUCCACACAGAGAAAGACAGAAGAGAAGGAAACACAAGCAUUAAAUGCGAAUGGAUAAUUCUUAGACAUUAAGAUUAGCAACAAUAGUAGUUGGAACAGCAUGGGACAGAGAGAACGAGGAAAUAGUAAUCAAAUAGAAUCAAUGGACCAGUAUUAAAUCAGCUGAUGAAAGUUGAAUCUACGAAAUCUUCACACUGCCAAUCAAAAUAAUACUACUACUUCCGAUUAUUAUCAAGAUGACUGAACUAAAUGAAUCAUGGAACUAUAAGAAAUGGGCAUCUCUAUCCUACACUACCAUGAGUAUAUCUGAAAAUGAUCAACAGAGUUUUAAUAAAUCAUCAGCCGAAAGUGUUCAUGAUAAAGCUUAUUCAAAAACUUUGCGGCUCACAUGUCUCUAUAUAAUGAUAAUCGGAGGUAUAAUUGGGGGAUUUCUUUUGUUAAUAUGGGUGAAAAUGAACCGUCGAUGGAAGUCUCGAAUCAAUAUUCUAAUUCUUAACCUUUCAGCUGCUGACUUAUCUGUCAUUUUCUUUGCUUGCACACCACAGUUGGUAUGGGAAUAUGUUGACCGUGAAUGGUUUGCAGGUGCUUUCAUGUGCAAACUCGUUAAAUUUAUGCAGAGCUUUUCUAUGAUGGCCAGUACAAACAUGUUAAUUGUUAUUGCAUUGGAUCGUCACCAAGCAAUUAGAGCUCCCCUACGAAAGCCUAUAACGAUCUGGAAAAUGGCUGGACUGGGCUGGAUUGUUGCAGCACUUACAUCCUUACCAAUGUUAUUUGUAUUUGUACUCGUUGAACGAAAUGGACAAAAUCGUUGUGAGAAUACCUUUCGAAACAAACCAAAAUUACACCGUCAGAUAUUUCUUACUUAUGUAGCAUUUGUGGUCUUCUUUAUACCGUUGAUAUUGUUAAUCCUGUUCUACGCAAGAAUAUUUCUCAAAAUAGCUCAAAAGGCAACAGAGAAUCAAUCUUGUAACAAUGCUACAAACGGAAAACCUGGAAAAGUACAUCUACAAAGCACUAAGUCAAGCUCUCUUCCGAAAGCAAAAAUCAAGACUUUGAAAAUGACGCUUGUUAUUGUGUCUAUGUAUAUUAUUUGUUGGCUACCUUAUUUUACAGCUGAGAUGAUAAUGUCUUAUGGAAACCAUAAAAUUAUAUCUCCCACUUUAUAUUCCAUUUUAGGUGGUAUUGCACCGAUUAAUUCGGCAGCUAACCCAUAUAUAUUCCUCAUGUUUAGUGUUAAUUAUAAAACACUUAAUUGUCCAAAAUGGAGAAGAGUUACUUAUACAAAUCCAGAUUCUACUAGAUCUCAUUUCAUAAGUUCAAGCCGUAUUGAGAAGUCAGAUUCUUAUAAAGAACAAUACGCAAAGGGGUGUCCCACUAUCACAGUAGAGAUGACAACUUUGGAAAAUUAGACAACAAUAUAAUUGUAGCUGUCUUAUAUCAAACUAGUCACAAAUUCCAAUAUAUUUAACAAGUGCGUGUAUGUGUAUGUGUGCUUGCGUGUGUGUCUGAGUGUGUGAGUAUGUAUAUAUGUAUGCAUAUAUAUAUAUGUGUGUGUGUAUAUAUAUAUAUAUGUGUAUGUAUGUAUGUAUAUAUAUAUAGAGAGAUCGAUUUACAUCUCCAUGCACAUUUCACUCAUUUACAGAUAAAAUUUACAUGUUCAA